CCUGUGUGCGUGGCUCCAAAUAGUAAUAUUACACAUUUCUAUUUCUGGAAGGAAAUUUCUGGACAUUCCAUAUGUGAGUCAGAAAAUGGGUAAGAAGAGUCGAGUGAAAACUCAGAAGUCAGGCACCGGGGCUACAGCCACUGUGUCACCGAAAGAAAUCUUGAACCUGACCAGUGAGCUGUUGCAGAGUCUGUCUGUUACUUUUGAUGGAAAAAGAGAAGAUUACUUUCCUGAUCUAAUGAAAUGGGCCUCUGAAAAUGGGGCUUCUGUCGAGGGUUUUGAAAUGGUUAACUUCGAAGAAGAGGGCUUUGGUUUGAAAGCAACAAGAGACAUCAAGGCAGAAGAGUUAUUUUUAUGGGUUCCACGAAAAUUACUAAUGACGGUCGAAUCUGCUAAAAAUUCAGUAUUGGGGCCCCUAUAUUCUCAAGACCGAAUUCUUCAGGCCAUGGGAAAUAUCACGCUGGCCUUUCACCUGCUGUGUGAGCGAGCCAACCCCAACUCUUUCUGGCAGCCCUACAUUCAGACUCUCCCCAGCGAGUAUGACACCCCUCUUUACUUUGAAGAAGAGGAAGUUCGGUGUCUUCAGUCGACACAAGCUAUUCACGAUGUCUUCAGCCAGUACAAAAACACCGCUCGACAAUACGCCUAUUUCUAUAAAGUCAUCCAGACCCAUCCUCAUGCCAACAAACUGCCCUUGAAGGAUUCUUUCACUUACGAGGACUACAGGUGGGCAGUCUCUUCUGUCAUGACGCGGCAGAACCAAAUUCCCACAGAGGAUGGGUCCCGGGUGACCCUGGCCCUGAUUCCUUUAUGGGACAUGUGUAAUCACACCAACGGCCUGAUCACGACAGGCUAUAACCUGGAAGAUGACCGCUGCGAGUGUGUGGCUCUUCAGGACUUCAGGGCUGGAGAGCAGAUUUACAUUUUUUAUGGCACUCGGUCAAAUGCAGAGUUUGUGAUCCACAGUGGUUUUUUCUUUGACAAUAAUUCACACGACAGAGUGAAAAUAAAGCUUGGAGUGAGUAAAAGCGACAGACUCUACGCCAUGAAGGCCGAGGUCUUGGCCCGCGCUGGCAUCCCAACGUCCAGUGUUUUUGCCUUGCAUUUCACGGAGCCACCCAUCUCUGCUCAGCUUCUGGCUUUUCUUCGAGUAUUCUGCAUGACUGAAGAAGAAUUGAAAGAACAUUUGCUAGGAGACAAUGCUAUCGACAGAAUUUUCACCUUGGGUAACUCUGAAUUUCCUGUCAGCUGGGACAAUGAGGUCAAACUUUGGACAUUUCUUGAAGAUAGAGCCUCGCUUCUUUUAAAAACAUAUAAAACAACGAUUGAGGAAGAUAAGGCUGUCCUGAAAAACCAUGACCUUUCUGUUCGUGCGACAAUGGCCAUUAAAUUACGCUUAGGGGAAAAAGAGAUUUUGGAAAAAGCAGUCAAGAGCGCAGCCGUCAACCGGGAGUACUACCGCAAACACAUGGAGGAGAGGGUGCCACUCCCCAGAUACGAGGAGAGUGACCUAGGGCUGCUGGAGGGUGGCAUGGGGGACUCAAGGCUCCCGUUGGUCUUGAGAAACCUCGAGGAGGAGGCUGGCGGGCAAGAGGCCUUAAGCCUCAAGGAGGCUGUGAGCAAAGCCAAGGCUGCUGAAAACGGGCUGCUUAAUGGUGAGGACUCCAUCCCCAAUGGGACCCAGUCUGGAAACGGGGGCUUCAGCCCAGAGGAAGGCAAACGGGUGGUUGAAGACGCCAAAGAAUCUUCCGAUUGCACCAGCGAAGUGAAAGAGCAGCUCUGAGCUGCCAUGCUCUGUUGGCAAACCCGGUUCAGCUCAAGGUUUGAACAGUCCACGUCCAUCGCCGUGUUCUUUGUUCACGUUCUCUUUCUGCAGAGAGGAAAAUAUGUUUUUGCUGCUUUAUAUAAAAAUGAUUUUUUAAGUUAUUUUAAAGAUCUAGUUUUGCUUUUUGAUUAAGAUUGCCAGCCUGCUUGUAGGCAAAGCGAGCUCAACAAUGAAGGGGAAAGAGGUGCCUUUGGAAGAUUCCGCAGCGUUCCCGUUCCCAUUGUGGGCCUUGUGUUUGCUCUGGGGAAGAAGCCAGCCCCCUCUCAGCUGUGCCUUUGUGGGCCCUUCAUCCUGACGCCCCGCCCGGAGUGAACGCUGCCUCUGCCUCCUGCAGCCAGCUGACGUGGACUUGGGGGGCGUGGCAGGUGGUGGGGUGGGGCGGGGCACAGCAGAGAGCAGGGUCGAGUUGGGAAUCUGCAUGUAGAGUCUGGGCAAUGUCUUUUUUUUUCUUUAAAAAAAUAAUAAUACCC